GCUCAUCCCAGCUUUGUUUGGCAACAACACGCUGACGUGACCUCUUGUAUAACCACUGCUGAUCACUGCGUUUGGAUUGAACUGAGCAGACACUGGACACCGGCCUCUCCUCUUUCUACCAACACACCGGGCACUGACAGACAUGGUGGUCGGGUUCGGUUGUCCGGUCAUCCCGUGGCUGGCCCUGGCCGCCGUGCUGGGCUCGGUCCUCGGGCUCGGUGAGGACAUCGACCGGCCUCUGUUCGGGCCUCCGGGCUCUCCUAUCCGGCUGCAGGAGUCCGACCCCGGCCUGAAGAAGGCUCUGGAGUUCGCCGAGGAGCGCUACAACCGGGGCUCCAAUGCCAUGCACCUCCGCAGAACCAGCCGGCUCCUCUCGGCCACCAAACAGCUGGUUAAGGGGAUCCGCUAUACAAUAACAGUGGAACUGAGUAACACUCAAUGUAAGAAAUCCACCAUGCUCAGGACAUGUGACUUCUAUCCCGAGCUGCACAAACUCAAGACGGAGGUGUGCCUGUUCGAAGUGUGGGACGUUCCCUGGCAGGCCACUUCAACUCUGCUCAAACAGAAGUGCCAGCCUAAAGUUGAAUCUCAACAAGAAGAAACCAACAAGGUGACCAGCAAGCCUCUGGAGGAGUCUGUGGAGCUGUUGGGCCAGUUCAAAGAGUUCAUGGUGACAUACAAUAAGGUCUACAGCAGCCAGGAGGAGGCAGAUCACCGUCUGCGCAUCUUCCGCGAGAACCUGAAUACUGCUGAGAAGCUCCAGUCUUUGGAUCAAGGGUCAGCAGAGUAUGGGGUCACCAAGUUCAGCGACCUGACUGAGGAAGAGUUUCGCUCUACUUACCUGAACCCGCUGCUGAGUCAAUGGACUCUUCAUCGAGCGAUGAAACCGGCCUCUCCUGCCCGAGGCCCCGCCCCGGCCAGCUGGGAUUGGCGGGAUCACGGAGCUGUCAAUUCUGUUAAGAACCAGGGUAUGUGUGGAUCCUGCUGGGCAUUUUCUGUGACAGGCAACAUUGAAGGCCAGUGGUUCCUGAAAAAUGGGACACUGCUCUCCCUCUCUGAACAAGAGCUGGUUGACUGUGAUGGGCUGGACCAGGCGUGCAGAGGAGGGCUGCCAUCAAAUGCUUAUGAAGCCAUUGAGAAGCUUGGUGGUCUGGAGACAGAGACUGACUACUCCUACACCGGGAAGAAGCAGAGGUGUGACUUCACCACCAUGAAGGUGGCCGCCUACAUCAACAGCUCUGUGGAGUUGUCCAAAGAUGAGAAGGACAUUGCAGCUUGGCUGGCUGAGAACGGACCGAUCUCUGUUGCACUGAAUGCCUUUGCUAUGCAGUUCUACCGGAAGGGCGUGUCUCACCCUUUGAAGAUCUUCUGCAACUCCUGGAUGAUCGACCACGCCGUGCUGAUGGUGGGAUUCGGAGAACGUAAGAGUAUCCCAUUCUGGGCCAUCAAAAACAGCUGGGGAGAGGAUUAUGGAGAGCAGGGUUACUACUACCUAUACAGGGGGUCCAAUGCCUGUGGGAUCAACAAGAUGUGCUCAUCUGCUGUAGUCAAUUAAAGCACUAACACCUCAUACUCCCACAUACACACACACACACACACACACACACACACACACACACACACACACACACACACACACACACACACACACACACACACACACACCAUCAUAGUACAUGUACCCCCUGUUGCCAGCUGACCCCAUCUUUACACUAUCACACACAUAUUUCAUCUUGAAUGCAUGACGAUUGCAAUCAGACGCACAUAAAGUUCUACUGAUGUUACUUCUCUGUGUAACCAGACUAGUGUUCCACCUUCAUACCGCACACAUUGUGUUACUAAAAACCAGCAUUAAUAAAGCUAGCUUUGCUGAGGAAUUUUAUAGUCAUUUUAAAGUAGAUUAUAUGUGCCCAUUUCAUUCCGUUAGUCCAGCAGGUCAUAAGGAUUGCUGUGUUUUAGGCAGGUUUGGUUUUAACUCAUCUUUUCUCAAAGUAACUGAGCCCGCGAUUGAUAAAGAGCGUGCACUAUUUGAAGUUGGACUACUGUCUUUUUUGUUUUCUUGGAUGUUUUGUUACCGGUGUCCAUGCUAAUGCUAUGUAGUACUUGAGACGGAUUUUACCUACCUGUAUUGGUCUGCACAUAUGAUCCGUACAUAACUGCAAUGUAAUUGUAAAGACUGCUGUAAGACAGUGAGAAAUAAGUGAUGGUUGAAUAAAAAAAAUGUGAAAUCCUCA